AAAAAAACGCUUUAGAGAAGAACAUGGAAGAUAAAACUGGAAAAUCAGAGCAAAAUGUUACCAAAGAUAUGAUUUUGGAGAAAAAUACUUCACAGACGAGUAAUUUGUUGAAAAUUUCUGAAGAAAUAGACGAUGAUGAUGAUGUACCUCUUCAGUCAAGAGUAGACAAAUUGAAAAAAAACCGCCAAAAUGAUCCAAUUGUAGAUCCGGAACUUUUAAAAGAUAUUGACAAGUCAAUUGGUACGGAUUUAACAAUGUCUCCACUACCAAGUGAACAAAGUGAGAACAUUCCUGCUACUAAUGCAACAACUAAGAGUGUGUCUGCUACACAUAACACAACUGACAAAGAGAGCAGGGAUGAAAGCAAGCAAGAAGAAGUUCAACCAAAAGUGCAAAGCAAUCCAGUAAAGAAUAGUCUUGGCCAAAAAAAACCCAAAGAUGAUUCAAGAAUAACAACAUUAAAGGACAAGAUGCAAGAAAUACAUUUAGACAUAGAGAGAAACCCAAAAAAGUACAAAGAAUCGACAAUCAGAAUUAUGAGAAAUCUCAAAAGAAUGGAAAAGGCAAGCAAGGAAAUCAGGAAAGGUGAAGCAAAAAAGAAAGAAAAAGGGCCAAUAGAAGAGAAAACUGUGGAAAAAGAAGUACAAGAAGGAAAAAAAGGGACUGAAAAAGAGAAAAGCCCUAAAGACAAAACUGUGGAAGAUGUCUUUCCAAAGACAACAAAUGUAGAAGAAGGACAAGAGGGAAAAAAAGAGCCUGAAAAGGAGAAAAUCCCUAAAGAGAAAACAGUGGAAGAUGAGUCUACAAAGACAACAGAUCCGAAAGCACAAAUUGCACCUGAUUUUGUUCAAAUUGAGGAUGAAACUUAUCUUCUAGAUCAAGAUGAUGAUAAAGUUUCCACAAAACUUAGUGAGGAGACAGCUCCAUCAUCACAAAAAAGUGAUCAGUCAACCAAAAUGAAAACAAGAUACAAAAUGGUUGCAAGGAAAAACAAAAACAAAAGCCUUGUUGUUGUGCCAAGUGGUAGAAUUACAAGGAGCCAAGAUGUUCUGUUAGAUGAAUCUAAAAAGGGAAGCCUGAAGAAGGAUGUUGAGCCUGCUAAAGAAACCGCAAAAAUAGGACAGAAGAGAAGAAUGUCUACAAGGAAUUUUCCUAUUCAAAAGGAAGCUGAUGCACCACCUCCAGCACCUACUCCAAUAAAAAAAAUGGCAGGUGCUCCUGCUGAAUAUCCUCCAGACCAAGGCAAAAAGGGUGGGAAAAAGAAAACUCUAGAAGUGAAGAAAACUUCUAAGGUUGCUGGCAAAAGAAAAGCAGAUGUCAGUCCUGCCAAGAGAAAUGCUGGAAAGAGAAAAAAAAUACAAGAAGUACCAUCAGAUGAACCCUCUCAAGAUCCUGACAGUGAUGAUGAUAGUGAAGAGUCAGUUUAUAGAGCAGAAGAAGAGCCUGUCAGUGAGGAUGAUUAUGAGGUGGAGGAAGAGGAGGAAGAGGAAGAAGUAAAGCCAAGGAAGAAACAAGCAAAGAAAGGGAAUUCAGUGAAGGCAAAGGUUGAAAAGGAGGAGCAAAAGAUGGUACUGUAUGAUGAAGGAAAGAUUGAAGGUAGGAGAAAAAAGAAAAUGAAAACUGAAAUGGUUCAAGCAAUAGAAACUGAUGAAGUUGAGGAAAUUCAGGAAGAUGAAUUUGAGGAAGAGAAAUCUUCAAAGAGAGGAGGACAUGUGAAGUUCAUUGCAUGGAUAAAAAAGAUGACACCUACCCAAAAACAACAAAUUAUUGAUAUAGGGUUAGGAUCACUUCUUGACAUUAGUUUACCUCAACUUGAUCAAAAGUUCUGUAACUGGUUAUUGGGAAGUUUUGAAGAAAAUAGCCAGUAUUUUGAACUACCAAAGAAUGAAAAAAUAGAAAUUGAGGUAGAGGAUGUUAGGGUAGUUUAUGGCUUGCCUACAGGAGAAAUUCCAAUUGUUGAGCCAAAGUCUGAUAAAAUUAGUGAGGAGUAUGCAGAAUUUCUGAAGAAAUGGAGAAAAUCAUGGUCAGGAAAAAACUCCAUCAGUGAGUCAGAUUGUGAAUGGAUACAUAAAUGA